AUGGCAUCGAACCGUGACUCUGUCGCCUCAAAUCCGGCUGCUGUACGAAAUGCGGAUGUCACAGGGGCCGUUGAAGCGGCCGUUGAAGAUCUCUUGAACACCUUGUCCAAUAAGUUGUCUGGUGUAUCAUCCGAGAUAUUCGCCAAAAUGGAUGAAAUGUCCCGCAGACUCGAUAGCCUCGAAGCUGCUCUACUAGAGAGCAAGAAAAACAAGGAAGCAAGCUCUUCAUCCAAAUCUUGA